AUGGCAACCAAGACUGAGAAGCAGACAUCCGUAAAAGAAGAACCAGAGCAUGUAGAAAUGCAGGAAAACAGCUUCUGCCAGAAUGUAGGCCUCAAUAGGCCUCAAAUUGUCCAUUUAGGAGAGAAGCCGUAUCUCUGCAUUAUUUGUGAGAAAACUUUCCGCAAUCACUCAGGACUCAUGGUCCAUCAGAGAAUCCACACAGGAGAGAAGCCGUAUAAAUGCCCUGAUUGUGACAAGAGCUUCAACCAGCGAUCCCAUCUCACCUCUCACCAUGGGACCCACACAGGUGAGAAGCCAUUUAAAUGCUUUGACUGUGGGAAGAGCUUCAGUUACAACUCUGGGCUCAUAAUACACCAGCGAAUUCACACCGGGGAGAAACCGUAUAAAUGCUCCAACUGUGAGAAAAGCUUCAGCCAAAAAUCUCAUCUCCUUUCGCAUCAGAGGACCCAUAUGGGAGAGAAAUCCUUCAAAUGCCCUGACUGUGGAAAAAGCUUCAGUUACAACUCUGGCAUUCACACAGGGCAGAAACCAUAUACAUGCCAGGAUUGUGGAAAGAGUUUUAGCUUCAAUUCUGGGCUUGUUAUUCAUCAACGGCUUCAUACUGGAGAGAAACCGUAUAAAUGUCCCAACUGUGGGAAGAAUUUCAAUCAGAAAUCGCACCUUAUUUCUCACCAGAGAAUCCAUAUUGGGCAGAAAACUUAA